GCCCAGAGUAUCCAGAUGGCGUGCAGCAGCAGGAGGGUCACCAUCCAGCUUGUGGACGAGGAGACAGGGGCUGGAACCACGGGCUUGCAGCUCUUUCGGGGCCAGAGAUACGAGGCAAUCAGGGCGACCUGCCUGGAUUCUGGGAUCCUGUUCCGCGACCCUUAUUUCCCUGCUGGCCCUGAUGCCCUUGGCUAUGACCAGCUGGGGCCGGACUCGGAGAAGGCCAAAGGGGUGAAAUGGAUGAGGCCCCAUGAGUUCUGCACUGAGCCCCAGUUCAUCUGUGAAGACAUGAGCCGGACAGAUGUGUGUCAGGGAAGCCUGGGUAACUGCUGGUUCCUUGCGGCUGCUGCCUCCCUCACUCUCUAUCCUCGACUCCUGUGCCGCGUGGUUCCUCCAGGACAGGGCUUCCAAAAUGGCUACGCAGGCGUCUUCCACUUCCAGCUCUGGCAGUUUGGCCAAUGGGUGGACGUCGUGGUGGACGACAGGCUGCCUGUGCGUGAGGGGAAGCUGAUGUUUGUGCGCUCGGAACAGCGGAAUGAGUUCUGGGCUCCACUCCUGGAAAAAGCCUAUGCCAAUGAUCAGGGCGAGUACCGGACAGAAGACGGGCUGGUGAAGGGACAUGCAUAUUCAGUCACAGGCACACACAAGGUGUUCCUGGGCUUCACCAAAGUGCGGCUGCUGCGGCUGCGGAACCCAUGGGGCCGUGUGGAGUGGACUGGAGCCUGGAGCGACAGCUGCCCACGCUGGGGUACACUUCCUGCGGAGUGGCGAGAUGCUCUGCUGGUGAAGAAGGAGGAUGGCGAGUUCUGGAUGGAGCUGCAGGAUUUCCUCCGCCACUUCGACACGGUGCAGAUCUGCUCGCUGAGCCCGGAGGUGCUAGGGCCCAGCCCAGCUGGAGGUGGAUGGCACAUGCACACCUUCCAGGGCCGCUGGGUGCGAGGCUUCAACUCUGGCGGGAGCCAGCCUAGUGCUGAAACCUUCUGGACCAACCCCCAGUUCCGGCUGACGCUGCAGGAGCCUGAUGAGGAGGAUGAGGAUGAGGAAGGGCCCUGGGGGGGCUGGGGGGCAGCAGGGGCUCGGGGCCCAGCACACGGGGGCCGCUGGCCCAAGUGCACUGUCCUCUUGUCGCUUAUCCAGCGCAACCGGCGGCGCCUGAGGGCCAAGGGCCUCACAUACCUCACCGUGGGCUUCCACGUGUUCCAGAUUCCAGAGGAGUUGCUGGGCCUCUGGGACUCCCCGCGCAGCCGCGCACUCCUGCCCCGGCUGCUGCGCGCUGAUCGUUCACCCUUCUGCGCCCGCCGCGACGUGAGCCGCCGCUGCCGCCUGAGCCCGGGCCACUACCUGGUGGUGCCCAGCGCCGCCCGCGCCGGUGACGAGGCCGACUUCACGCUGCGCAUCUUCUCUGAGCGUCACCACACGGCAGUGGAGAUCGACGACGUGAUCAGCGCCGACCUGCGGGCGCUUGAGGGCCCCUACACGCCUCUGGAGCUGGGCUUGGAGCUGCUGUUUCUGGAGCUUGCUGGCGAGGGGGAAGAGCUCCAGGCCUCACAGCUCCAGGCCUUACUAAGCAUUGCCCUGGAGCCGGGUAGGGCCCACAUCCAAACCCAAGGGGAGAUCGGACUGAAGACCUGUGAGCAGCUGCUGCAGUGUUUUGGGCAUGGAGGAAGCCUGGCCCUGCACCACUUCCAGCACCUCUGGGACCACCUCCUGGAGUGGCAGGCCAUAUUUGAUAAGUUUGAUGAGGACGCCUCUGGAACGAUGAACUCCUAUGAGCUGCGGCUGGCGCUGAAUGCAGCAGGCUUCCACUUAAACAACCAAUUGACCCAGUCCCUCACCAGCCGCUACCGAGAUAGCCGUCUACGUGUGGACUUUGAGCGUUUCGUGUCCUGUGCAGCUCAGCUCACUUACAUCUUCCGUCACUGCAGCCAGCACUUGGAUGGGGGUGAGGGGGUCAUCUGCCUCACCCAUAGACAGUGGAUGGAGGUGGCCACCUUCUCCUAGGAUCCCAGGAGCUGGGGAGCUGAGAAGACCACCCUCCUUUGGCUCUGCACCUCCCUGCCUGGCGUGAGAUGAAGAUCUGACUGGGCCAGCCUGCCUGGGGUUGGCUGCUGGCCCUUUCGGUGACUUCAUUGCACUGUGUCUCCCCUCCUGGAAACAGGGUAGCAGCAGCACCUUUCUCACGCGGACUAUUUAAAGCAAGUCCACGGUGCUGGAUGCCAUUCUAAGAGGCAGUCCCCAACAGUACCUUCUUACUUUUACAGACUCACGGGAGCGAGGCAGUCCCCAACAGUACCUUCUUACUUUUACACACUCACGGGAGCAGGGAUUAUGGGCU